GCCCUGGGCGAUUCGCGUCCGGGUCGGAGUGAGCCUCUUGCUUUCCGAGUGUGUUACUGGUGGAGGUGCUACGCUGUCCGCGUUCUCUUCCCAGUGUGAUCGAGCCGCAGUGCCUGCCGGCGAGGAGUAUCCGCUGCCUCGAGCAGAGAAGGACGAGGAGGGGACCUGGGAGCGGGCAGCGGCCGGGCUGGGCCGCUCUGGGGCGGGCUGGCGACUCUGCUCCUUUGCUUGCUGCUGUCUCUGGGAACCGGGUGCCAGCACUGAGGAGUCUUCAGCUGACAGCAAGCCCCUUCCCCGGCUCCCCUGCCCGCCCUGCCGGGGAGGGCGGAAGAUGCCGGUGAAGAAGAAGAGAAAAUCUCCUGGGGUGGCAGCGGCAGUAGCGGAAGACGGAGGCCUCAAAAAGUGUAAAAUCUCCAGCUAUUGCAGAUCCCAACCCCCUGCUAGACUAAUAAGUGGAGAGGAACAUUUUUCAAGCAAGAAGUGCCUGGCUUGGUUUUAUGAGUAUGCAGGUCCUGAUGAAGUUGUAGGGCCAGAAGGAAUGGAAAAAUUUUGUGAAGACAUUGGUGUUGAACCUGAAAAUAUUAUUAUGUUAGUUUUAGCGUGGAAAUUGGAGGCUGAAAGCAUGGGAUUUUUUACCAAGGAAGAAUGGUUAAAGGGGAUGACUUCAUUACAGUGUGACUGCACAGAAAAGUUACAGAACAAAUUUGACUUUUUGCGCUCACAGUUGAAUGAUAUUUCUUCAUUUAAGAAUAUCUACAGAUAUGCCUUUGAUUUUGCAAGGGAUAAAGAUCAGAGAAGCCUUGAUAUUGAUACAGCUAAGUCUAUGUUAGCUCUUCUCCUUGGGAGGACAUGGCCACUGUUUUCAGUAUUUUACCAGUACCUGGAGCAAUCAAAGUAUCGCGUUAUGAACAAAGAUCAGUGGUACAAUGUGUUAGAAUUCAGCAGAACAGUCCAUGCCGAUCUUAGUAACUAUGAUGAAGAUGGUGCUUGGCCUGUUCUUCUUGAUGAAUUUGUCGAGUGGCAGAAAGUUCGUCAGACGUCAUAGCAAGAACUAUUGUGAAGAAAAUGCAAACCUUUAGAUCCUUACGUGUGUACAAGCUAAUGAGACGAGGAAAAAAAAGAAAAAAACCAAAGGGGUGCAUUUUGACUCAUAUGAAAGACUUCUCAUCGUACUUUUUUUUCCUUUUUUUUAAAGGAAGUUUUCUUGUUACAUGUUAUGGGCAUUGAGCCACACCUCUUCCGAGACUGAAUAUUGAAGUUUUUGUUUUGAGUUAUGUUUAUAACAUUUAUUUCAGAACAAUAAAGAUUCAGAUUUGUGACAAAGGCCUUAAAGUGAAGAUGUCCCUUGAGUGUCAGAGUGGUAUUUAUUUUUGUAAAUUUUAAUUCUUGAAUUUUAGAGGUCUGUCAUACUGGGAAUUUGUGGAAUUUUAAAGAUUUUAAACAAUCUUAAUAUUUGGCAAUGUAGUCUGCUGAUGGUAUAGCUCAUUAUAUUCAUUUCUGCACAAUUAGAAAGAAUAUUUAUUGGCCUUGACUUCUGGGGUAAUGAUUUUCUGAUGCAGCUAAUAAAAUACAUUUCUGGAUAUUGGAAGUGCUCCAGCUUUCAGCUGUGGUUUUCUGUGAAAGCUGCCAACAUACUGUGCACAUACUCUAUCUGCACAGUUUAGAAUUGGAAAGAUUAUGUCUAGUUAUUUUAUUUCCUAACCAUUAAAUAGUAUUGUCAAUAAGCAUAAAUCAGCAUUGCAUGUAUAUUCUUAAUGUGAAUUUUAAGUUUUCUGUAUUCUAUAAGUUUAAAAAUUUCAUUUAUAUUUGAAAGAGCAAGGUUCAUAUAUUAAUGGUUUCAAAAUCAGACAGCCUUAUGAGAGAAAUUAAGACUAGUAUUGAAGCUGUAUCAUCAUCAUUAUUGUUGUUAGUGGCAUAUAUAUAUGAUCUUUUUUAACUGUCAUUUUGUGAUUUGGGGAGUUUUGUUGAGGGCACCCCUCCUCCAUCUCUUUUUUGGUCAUAAGGGAACCUUAGCUCUGAUGUUGUGGACUUAGUUAAAAUAUAUAUUGGAAAAAAUAUAUAAUAGAAUAAGGACUUAUGGGAGAACUCUGGGUGUAAUUGUGCCCAACUCAAGGGUGCCAUUUACAUUGGUACAAUUACAUUGCUAAUUAUCAUAUUUCUGACUUGGCAAUAAAGUAUCUUGAGGACAGGACAGCCUUUUUUCUAAUUCACACGAAAGGCAUCUUUUGGACUAGCAGCAGGGCUGUUUGUACAUUCCUUUUCAAACCAUCCAAUGUCCCAGUGAUAUGAAAACCUUGUUCACAUUUACAGCCAAGUCACAACCUCCGUAACAUUCCUAGUUUCAUUGUAUGAGUGGAGAAAAGUAAAUAAGUUACUUUUCCAUAAUAAGGACAUUUCUAUUGGGAUUUAAGGUAAAGGUUGAUUUUUGAUGGUGAGUUUAUUUAAUGAGUGAUUACAGAAGUGAAUAUUUAUGGGAGAAUAGCAUUUUAAAGAUUUUUAUUUUAUUUUGCUUUUUGGUUAAUGGGCUGGGAGAAAAUGAUUGCUGUUUUACUUCUUAAUGAAAUCACUUUGUACAACUUUGUAAAACACUGGUAUAAUAUGGAAAACAAUUUUUCCCUUAAAUGUCUGAUAGUUAAGGUUAAUUUUCCUGGAAUACUUGUGCUAAGUAUUAGAAUCACUGAAUUACUGGAACUGAGCAUACAGUGUUACGACAUUAUGAAUGAUGUUUUAAUAUUAAAUUUGUCAUAAGUACAGUCGAUCCUUGAACAACAUGGGUUUGAACUGUGUGGGUCUGCUUAUAGGCAGAUUUUUAAAAAUAAGUAUGCAGUCAACCUUCUGGCUCCAUGGAUGCAGAACCUGUGGAUGUGGAGGGCCAACUAUGGAACUUGAGCAUCUGCAGAUUUUGGUAAACUUGGGGGCUCCUGGAAGCAGUCCCCUUCAGAUACUGAGGGACAACUGUAAAGCAUUUAGAUUUUUAGACAUUUGAGUCUUGAUAAUUUGACUUUUCAAGGAACAACUUCUGAACUUGAAGAAUAUUGCCAAUUUUUAUUUAAUUCCAAAACAUAUAAUUUAAAAUGAAAUUUUACAAGUUGUCAAUAUAUGGCCUGAACAAAAUUUAUUGUCUUUGUCAUCUUCAAUAUUAAAGUGAAAUAAGGAACACUCAAAACUUAUAGAUGACCUUUAAAUAAAUAAAAUAUAUGAAACUAUUUAGUUUGCUUACUUAUCCAAAGAUACCUUUUAGACUUUGAACCUGAAAAUUUAAAUGAAACUUACUUCUUCCUUAUGUCAACAGCCCACUUAUACCCAGGCCGUGCUUGCUUUACUCUCUUGCUCUUCCUAGUUCUCUUCACUUCUUAGAGUCAUUCGUUUAUUUUGGAAGCAAACUUACUCUGCCUCAUUCAUCUCAGAAUGUGGGCUUGUCCUUUCUUGGCUUUUCUUUUUUUAAUUUAUAUUUGAACAUAAUUUAUUGGGAAACUACUGAUCAAGAGGUUAAGUGGUAUAAGCAAAGAAGAUAGUAUUAAGGAGCCUGCAGUAUGAAAAAGAAACCUUCUAACUGUUGGAGCUCUUUUAGCUAGUUAGCUUUAAGUGCCUUCCCAGAACUCCUGUUGUAAAAUUUUCAGUAUUACUUCCUUCAUGUGGUAUGAAAUAGUCAAUGGUGCUUUAUCAUUGGAAACGACUUCUUACAGAAUAGCAUACAGAUGUUAUACUACUGGAAAAAAGUAGAGCCAGGUGUUGAUUCUCAACUGUGAGAGGAUGGAGAGUUUGUCCCCCAAACCCUCGGAGCCAGUAAUUUUUAACAAGGAAUGCUAUCUUUAGGAAAUAGCCUAGGGAUUCAGGUAACUUACUUGAAUAGGAGAUAAAAAAUGGUGUAUUGUGUGCUGACCUGACUCUGUUGCAAUGUUUGUCUUUUAUUGUCUAAUGGUUUCUUGUUUUUCGAAUGCUUCCAGUAAACUUCUUGACAUAAUCCAUUUUUGACAGUAAUAGUAUUUUUAUGUAUAAUGUAUAGGUUUUUCUGAUUUGAGUAUUACUUUGUUUGAAGUACUCUAGAUUAGUGUUUCUUAAAUGGGAAUAUGAGGGCCUUCUAUGGGAAUGUUAGAUUGACCCUUAAGAGUACUUCUCUUAAAUACAAAUGCCUUUGCAUCUGUUGAGCCAAAAAUUUAUCUUUAACAAUAUUAAUGCUGUCACUGUGUGAGGAGGUGAGGAAGAGAGUAGAAUUUUAAGAUAGAGUUUUUAAAGCAUACAAGUUAAUGUAGAGUAUUAAUAAUGAAACAUUUUACUUUUAAAAAAAAUAAAUUUAUUUAUUUAUUUUUA